CCUGUGGCAAGCAAGCCAGGGCGGGGACACCAGCGACCUGCUGGCACACCGGCUCAAGGUCUGUCGGCUUACGCGCCCCUUGGCCAAGCGCUUGUCUGCCCGGCCUCCGCCGAAGGCCCCGCCGAGAGAUGGCCCGCUGCGCACUCGCCACCGCCUGCGUGCUCGCGGCCUUCGCCUGCGCCGUCUACCAGGGCGCCCGCGCCUUCGUGCCCGCUCCGCAGGGCCCCGCCCUGCGCGGCGAGGCGCUGGCGGCCGCAGGCGCUCUCGCCCUCGCCGCGCCCGAGGCUGCCCACGCGUUCACGUACAACGGCAAGGAGUACUUCGACGUCUUCUACGGCAUCAGCCCGCUGUACUGGCCAUGUGCGCGUUCGGCAUCGUCUUCUACGGCGCCGUGCUGAAGAACGCCGCGCUCAAGUACAACACGCCCUACGGCACCACCACCAACCCCGACGCCAAGCCGGUGGUCACCGGCAAGUUCGUCGGCAUGGAGGUGGAGACCGGGCAGAUGGAGAACUACAACCUCGGGGGCAAGGACUACAUCAACAAGUAG